AUGAGCCGGAAGCUCGCCCCCGAAGCCAAUCGGAUUCUCUUCGUCAAGAACCUCAACUACAACGUGACUGCUGAGCAGCUAUUUGAUCUCUUCGGCAAAUUUGGGCCCAUCCGUCAAAUACGCCAAGGAAUUGCGAACAACUCAAAGGGUACCGCUUUUGUUGUAUAUGAAGACGUUCACGACGCCAAACAGGCAUGCGAUAAGCUCAAUGGAUUCAAUUUUCAGAACAGAUACCUUGUCGUGUUAUACCACCAGCCGGAAAAAAUGCUUAGGUCGAAAGAGGACCUGGCGGAAAGGCAAGAGAAUUUGGAGCGUCUCAAACAGCAGCAUGGGAUAGAAUGA